AAAGCUAGCUUUACCUAACAGGAGGACCCGGAUGAUUACAGUUUGUGUGUCCCGAUAAUUCGGACAAUUGAAAAUGGAAACGCUUCUAGAGCAACAGCGUCGAUACCACGAAGAACGAGAGCGGCUUAUGGAUGCAAUGACGAAGGAAACUUUGUUUAGUGCAAAACCGGGUCGAGAUCAGAUCAACAAAGACCAUCGAACUAGAAAUCUUGUAGAUAGAUAUGCAGAGUGCACAUCAGAACUUCAUGAGUUGUAUGAAGACAAAGAUGGGUUGCGUAAGGAGGAGGUUCAGGCUUUAUACGGUCCCAAUGAGUUCCAGGAGUUCUACUCACGACUGAAAAAUCUCAAAGACUUCCACAGGAAACAUCCCAAUGAGAUCAGCGUGCCAAUGUCAGUGGAGUUUGAUGAGAUAAACAAGCUGAAAGAGAAUGCAGAUGACAACACAAACAUGGUGGAAUUUUCGGACGAGGAGGGCUAUGGUAAAUACCUGGAUCUGCACGAGUGCCAUACACAGUUUAUCAACCUCAAGGGUAUUGAGAAAAUAGACUACAUUUCAUACCUGUCCACAUUUGAUCAUCUGUUUGAUGUUCCAAAAGACAAAAAGAAUGCGGCAUACAAAGAGUAUCUGCAGUACCUGUUGGACUAUAUGGGAGGCUAUAUUCAGAGGAUCAAGCCACUGCUGGACGUUCAGAAGGAGAUCGAUAACAUAAUGAUUGACUUUGAACUCCAAUUUUCUGAGGGUCAGUUCCCUGGAUGGCCGAAAGAGACCCUUGGAGCUCUUGCACACACAGGCGCUCACCUGGAUCUCUCUGCAUUCUCAUCAUGGGAGGAGCUGGCAUCUCUGGGUUUGGAUCGUCUCAAGUCAGCCUUGAUGGCUCUGCGACUCAAGUGUGGCGGCACUCUAGAAGAGAGGGCCCAGCGUCUGUUCAGUACAAAGGGAAAGCGUCUGGAGGACCUGGAUCCGGCCAUGUUUGCAAAGUCUAAACCAGGCAGGGCUGGCAAGGCCAGGGAGAGUGAGAAGCAGCGUGAGAUAGCUGGUCUGGAGGCGCAGGUGUAUCGUUUCUCAGAGCUGCUGAGCGAGCAGCGGGCAGCCACACGGGAGAACGUGAUCCGUAAACAGGCGCGCACCGGGGAGGAGAGGGAGGAAGAGGGAGACGAUGAAGACGCAGCGGGGGACAGCGACGACGAUGAUGAUGACGUGCCGUACAACCCUAAAAAUCUGCCCCUGGGAUGGGAUGGGAAGCCCAUCCCCUACUGGCUGUACAAGCUACAUGGACUCAAUAUCAGCUAUCAGUGUGAGAUCUGCUGCAAUGUCAUAUACAAGGGACCGAAGGCCUUCCAGAGGCAUUUUGCUGAGUGGCGUCACGCUCACGGCAUGAGGUGUCUUGGUAUUCCUAACACAGCCCACUUCGCAAACGUCACAUCCAUUGAAGAUGCCCUCUCAUUAUGGCAGAAAAUCAAGUCUACUAAAGAGACUGACAGGUGGAGACCCGAUGCUGAGGAAGAGUUUGAAGACUCAAUGGGCAAUGUGGUGAACAAGAAGACAUACGAGGAUAUGAAGAGACAGGGCUUGCUGUAGACAGCAGUGACCCAGGCUGAAAAAAUGCAUUCGAGCCAUGCUGUGGAAAAAUGGGGUUUAAUGCAUGUGCAAAGUGUCGUCCCAGAUUAGCACUUGCAGUUCGCACAGGUCAAUUAGGGACGACACUUUUCUCUUUUAUGGAUUUUUUUUGUUUGAAACAAGUCUCUUAAAAGGCAAAUCCACUCUAGGCGGAGAGUGUUUUCCCUCAUAAGCUUGUGCUUUCUGCUCAUGCUAAUCUGGGAUGACUCUUUGCACAUGCUUUAGCCCAGUUUUCCUUGAGUGAGCUUCAUUGUUAUUAUCUUCAUAUGUCCUACAAUGGCAAAAAGGCUACCGAAGACAGAUUUAACAAAUGAAAGACUGUCUGAAACUUGACAAUACAUGUGCAUAUAAACUUAACAUUCAAUGUAAGAGGUCAAGAUUUCAAUUUGUUAAAUGACAGUAAUAAACUAUGAAGUGAUUAUUCGAAUUGUUAAAUGAAAGUUAUUAUGGAUUAUCUAUUAUCAUUCUUUUUUUCUUAAAAAACUUGUUAAGAUUUAGAAAUCAGGCAAAUGAAAAACACAGUGCAUGUGUACUUGAAUUAAUUAGCAUUUCAUUUUUUAGGUUUUGUUUGUCAUCUGUUGAUAUCAAUAUUUUAUCACAGUCAUUUUUUAUGAAUUAUUUUGUAUGUAAAUAAUGUGCUAAUGUCAAUAAAUUGAUUUUAAGAAAA